GCAUCCAAUACACUUUCUCCACAGGUCUUUGAUAUCAAACGACGUCCAGCCUUGAAAACGGAAGGCAGUUGAGCGCGAAUUCGGAACCGGCGACCUUUGUGUGCGAAUAGGCCUCUAGACCAGACCUUUCCCUUGGAUGCCUGCGAGCCUCCAUUUGUUACAAUUCUUCACUGUGGUUGUCUUGCUUCUUCUCUUGCUUCGGACCGUAACAGCUGUCGACGAGAUGCCCGUCCGACAGAUGCAGCCGCUCCUCUUUGAGGCUGCUUCGAAGCAUUCAGCGACAGUUAUCUUCCUUCACGGCCUCGGCGACACUGGCCACGGCUGGGCCUCGGCCGUGGAGAACUGGCGCAUGCGCUCCCGGCUCAACCACGUCAAGUUCAUGCUGCCCCAUGCACCCAUGAUCCCCAUUACCUGCAACGGCGGCAUGCAGACGCCAGGCUGGUACGACAUUGCCGCCCUGACUGGCAGAGUCGAAGACCUGCGCAAUAACCAGGACGAGACCGGCCUCUUGCGCUCGCGCGAGUACGUGUCUGGGCUGAUCCAGGCUGAGAUCGACGCGGGGAUCCCCUCGAAUCGCAUCGUGCUCGGCGGCUUCUCCCAAGGCGGCGCGGUGUCCCUAUUUACAGGCCUUACGGGCGGCUUCAAGCUCGCUGGCAUCAUUGGCAUGUCCUCGUACAUGCCUCUUGACUCGAAGCUCGCAGGGUACCUCGAGAAGAGCGAUCUCAACCGCAAGACCCCAGUUCAGAUGUGCCACGGUAGCGCAGACCCAGUGGUUCCCACCGCGCUGGGCAAGGAGACACACGAUAUGCUCAAGAAGCUUGGGUUUGAUGUUGACUUGACGAUAUACCCCGGCCUGGGGCACAGCGCCUGCCUGGAGGAGAUUGAGGAGGUUGAGGGCUUUAUCGGCAAGUGUCUGCCAGCAGAUGCUGAUAAGAAGUCAGAAUUGUAAAGCCGACCUGACUUAUUGGGACGAAGACGCAAUCAUCGUCUUUGUUCGAUACUCCGUGUUGUUGGGUGUUUCACAAUAAAAUGCGUGCCUUCAAGCUUACACGAGGCAAUAGAGUCCUUCACAUUAGUGACAAUAGAGCCAAGAUGUCAACAUAAAAUUCGUUAUUUGCA